AUGGCCAGCAGUCCUUUGCCGGCCUCCACCGAACUCCUUCUGUCGGCCCCGUCCAACGCGUUCCCACCAGAACCGCUGAGCCAGCCCGCUCCCGCCUCCCGCGGCGGCUCCUCCUCGGUGGUCCCCUCGGCUUCGGGCGCCAUGAAGCCCAACCAGGUGGGCCAAGUGAUCCUGUACGGCAUCCCCAUCGUCUCGCUGGUGAUCGACGGGCAGGAGCGCCUUUGCCUGGCUCAGAUCUCCAACACGCUGCUCAAGAACUUCAGCUACAACGAGAUCCACAACCGUCGGGUGGCGCUGGGCAUCACCUGCGUGCAGUGCACGCCCGUCCAGCUGGAGAUCCUGCGCCGGGCCGGCGCCAUGCCCAUCUCCUCCCGCCGCUGCGGCAUGAUCACCAAGCGGGAAGCCGAGCGCCUCUGCAAGUCCUUCCUGGGCGAGAACCGGCCGCCGAAGCUGCCCGAUAACUUCGCCUUCGACGUGUCCCACGAGUGCGCCUGGGGCUGCCGGGGCAGCUUCAUCCCGGCCCGCUACAACAGCUCCCGGGCCAAGUGCAUCAAGUGCAGCUACUGCAGCCUCUACUUCUCGCCCAACAAGUUCAUCUUCCACUCGCACCGCACGCCCGACGCCAAGUACCUGCAACCCGACGCCGCCAACUUCAACUCCUGGCGUCGCCACCUCAAGCUGACCGACAAAAGCCCGCAGGACGAGCUGGUCUUCGCCUGGGAGGACGUCAAAGCCAUGUUCAACGGCGGCAGCCGCAAGCGGGCCUUGCCUUCCUCGGCCGGCCCGUCCAACCACCCGCACUCGCACCCGCCGCCGCCGCCGCCGCCGCCCCCGCCGCCUUGCCAUCCUCUGGCCUCGGUCAGGGCCGGCGGGGUGGGCCUGGCGGGCGGAGGAGGAAGCGGAGGAGGAGGAGGCCUCUUGAGCCCGCACCUCCUCGCCGGGCCUCCGCCGCCUCCGCCUCCGCCGCCGGAUCUGAGCCAGAAGCGGCCUCGCUUCGACGACGACAGCGAGCUCCAAGAAGCGGUAGCGGCGGCCGCGGCGGCGGCGGCGGCGGCUAUGGCGCACGGCAAAGCCCCGCGGAACUAUCCGGUCAUCCCGGUGCCCAGCAAGGGAGCCUCCUUCGGGGGCGUCCUGCAGAAAUUCCCCGGCUGCGGCGGGCUCUUCCCUCACCCUUACGGCUUCCCGGCUGCCGCCGCCGCCGCCGCCGCCUUCAGCCUCUGCCACAAAAAGGAGGAGGGCGACGGGCUGGGCGGGGCGGCUCCAAGCGGAUCGGGGGCUCCCAAAGCGGCGUCGGGAGCCCCGUCGGCCGGCGGAGCGGGUCUCUCCGGUCUCUUCUGGCCCGGGAGCCGCAAAGACUCGACGGCGGCGGCGGCAGCGGCGGCCGCUGCUUUCUACCCGCCUUUCUGUAUGUUCUGGCCGCCCCGGGCACCGGGAGGCCUGCCUGGGCUGCCCACCUACUUGCAGCCCCCGCCACCGCCUCCUCCUCCUCCUCCGCAACCGGCCUGCUCGGCCCUGGGCGGGGAGAGCUCCAGCCUGCUUCGCCAAGCCUUCCUGGACCUGGCUGUGGAGCCCAGCGGCGACGGGGCGGCCGCCGGGCUGGGGGUGCCUACCACCGCCGCUGCCCCCCAAGCAAGUGGCACUGCGGGCGGGGGCAGCAGCCGGGAGCCCCGCGCUUUCGAGGGCGGCGGCGAGGGCGGUGGGUCCCCUCCCACCUCCGAGGGCCCGCUGCCCGCCGCUGCCCACCUGCUGGACGGCCAAGCGCGGCCCAAGGGGGGCUCUGCCUACCACCACUCCAGCGCCUUCCGCCCGGUGGGCGGCAAGGAGGACUCGGCGGAGAGCCUGGCCAAGCUCCAUCAACACCAUCAGCCGUCGGGCCGGUCUUCCUCGCCGCCGCCGCCGCUCCUGCUCCUGCCGUCCGACCGCGAGCCUGUCCUCCAGCCGGAGAGCCCGGCUCACCCCGAGACCGAACAGCUGCCGCCACCGCCCCUGGCUGCGCCCCCCUGCCUCCCCAAAGGGCCCGGCAGCCCCGCCCUCCAGACAGCCCAGGAGAUCCCAACGACGCCCUUCAAAGAUAUUCCGAAAAGCAAGGAAGCCCAUCCCGUCAGCCUCUCUUCUUCCAAGGAAGAUAAUUUCUCAGAUAAGAACAAGGAACACAGUUUUUUCAUCACAGACGCUGAACAUCCAGGGGACUUUUGGAGAAAUAUAGCAGGUGACCCAAUCCAGGAAACCAGCGCACCCCAUUCUCUGAAAAAGGACAUGGAAAACAUGGGAAAAGAAGAACUUCAGAAGGUCUUGUUUGAACAGAUCGAUUGGCGCAGGAGGCUUGAACAGGAAUUCCAAGUGCUCAAAGGAACCACCUCAUUCCCAGUUUUCAAUAAUUUUCAAGAUCAGAUGAAGCGGGAGUUGGCCUACAGAGAAGAAAUGGUUCAACAAUUACAGAUUAUCCCCUAUGCAGCAAGCUUGAUCAGGAAAGAAAAACUUGGCACACAUCUCAGCAAAAGCUAAAAGCAGGACCACAAGACCCUCUUGUAAGAUACCACUCAUCACUCUGAGUUUGGAUGUAUCUAGAGACUGAAGAUGGAAGGACUUGGGGCAUUUCAGAAAAACAAUACGGAAGAAAUAAAAACGGCGCUUCUAAUGUCAAGCAGCCUCAAAGCUUUACGGACAACCAUAGACAUUAGAAAGUAGCAGCCAUUUAUUAAGAACCAAAAGGGAAAUUAAAGGGAGGGUGGGGAAAAACUGGAAAUACACCUUGGAUUUUGUUUGAUGGUACCAAAGGUUUGUUCGGUGAUUUUUUUAGAAGGACUCCGGGAUGUGAUAGAAACUGUGGAAAGGCUGUGGCCAUCCUGACUGAUCCACGGAAAUAGGAUCUCAUGGUGCUUUCAAUUCCAAUGCUAUGAAACUCAUUUGGGAUGUUGGCUCUUCUCCUUCGGCAGAACAAUUCUUCUACAGAAUGAGAUCUAAACAGACCUGGGAGAGCGUCAUCCCUGGACGUAUUGAUGGAAACGCAUUAGCCAUAUCCGGCUCUUUGUGAAAGGGAGACCACAUUACACAACAGCGCUCACAACUUCCUUCUUCUUUUUCCAAGUUCUCCCAUGGUACUUUGCUUGCUGUACAAAUGAAGAUGAUAAUCCUUCCGGAAAUAUUUUACAAUGUACGAUUGAGUGUAAUUUAAAAGGAAAAAAAAUUAUAACCACUCAGACUAAAACAAAAACAAAACAAAGGUAUUUAACUCUGUUGUAGUUUCUUUAACAUUCAUGUGGAUUAAAACAAAGUCUAUAAUAAAAAAACUGAAAACUAUACGAGGUGACAGCUUGUCCUUUCUCACACUUCAGUUCCUGCCUUGUUUAACGAACUACUUGCCGUCUUGUGUGUCUCACAACUAAGGGAAAUUUUGUUGGUUGCAAUACUGAAUACAUUAGAAAUGUGGGAAUUUAAUUCUGCCCCAAGCUCAGUAAUUCGAUUAACUGGCUGACCUUUGAACUGAAUACAGGUAGUUCUGGACUUGCA